AUGCUCGUGCGCCUGUGCGCGUGGCUGGCGCUCGCGCUCUCGUGCGGCGCUCCCCGACGCCUCCUGCUGCUGGCCUCGUACGUGCCGUGCGAGCCGUGCGACCAGAAGGCGCUCUCCAUGUGCCCGCCCGUGCCCGUGGGCUGCCAAGUGGUCAAGGAGCCCGGCUGCGGCUGCUGCAAGACGUGCGCGCUCGCCGAGGGCCACGCGUGCGGCGUCUACACUGGCACGUGCAGCCGCGGGCUGCGCUGUCUGCCGCGCGCCGGCGAGGAGAAGCCGCUGCACGCGCUGCUGCACGGCAAGGGAGUGUGCACCAACGAGAAGGCGUACAAGUCAGCGCACACCGCGCGCGAUCAUGAGUCGCAUGAGCUGGUGAUUUCGGAGGUGGCGGAGGAUUUGCUUCCACAUGUCAAGGUGCCUUUGUUUCCCCGAGACCACAUCAACAAUAAGAAGGCCCACGCCGUUCGCAAGGACAAGAAGCGAAUACAGUCCAAGCUCAAGACUGUAGGCCACUUGGACUACUCCACCUUCAGCAUAGACAAACAUCAGUCUGAAAUUGGACCAUGUCGAAGAAAGCUGGAUGGAAUUAUCCAGAAGAUGAAGGAUGCCCCCCGAAUCUUGGCUCUGUCUCUCUAUCUGCCCAACUGUGACAGGAAGGGCUUCUUCAAACGCAAACAGUGUAAGCCCUCCAGGGGACGCAAGCGGGGCAUUUGCUGGUGUGUGGAUAAGUAUGGGGUAAUAAUGCCAGGCACUGACUACAGCGGAGGUGACGUCCAAUGCAAAGACCUGGAGAGCAACAGCAACAACAAUGAGUGAGGGGUCUCUGCCCCCCCUUCCCCAUCUUCUGCCAUAUUUCAUCCACUGCCAAUCACUUAAAUAAUCCUAGUUUGUAAGAGCCUGUCCUUAACCUCAGAACAGUUAAAAGUAGACAUUAGAUUUGUACGCACUUAAUUCAUAUCUUUUGACAGCUCCUGUGAACCCUGUUCUCCUCUGGAACUCGAAUGUCAGUCAUCUCAGUAACAUUUUAUAUUCAUAAGCCUACUUAGCGCACUAAGAUAUUGCAUAUCAUAUCAGAACAACAAUGGAGUUGGGUAAGUUUUCACUACUAGUGGUAUAAAAGCAAUAUUAGCAACUAUGACGAGGUCUGUAUGCUCGUGAGGGGUGGUUCAAUUCCAUUGUGUUUGUCCACUGUGGAGCACUUGUCCACAGACACUUUCUUUUUGUACUACGAAUUUGUUUUUCAUUUCUCGGUCAAUGUGCAAUGUGAAUGACUGUCAGUGCUGGUAUUAUGUCAGUCCCACACUUUCUCCUAUAGUGACUGUCAGCAGUAGCUGAUUACAGGAAGUAAGCUUAUCGUGUUGAAAUGCCUUCUGGUUUUUCGAACUCAGUUUAAACCCGAGAGCAUAGCACCAGUUUGUAACCUAGUUAAUUGUGAAGUGGCAUACAUAUUUUCUCCAUCUCAAUUAAAGCUGGCACAAUCUCUUGAAAUAAGCUUCAACUUUAAAAUAUGCAAAUGUGCGGUAUAUUCCAAUGGCUCACCGUACUAUAAGGAGACUUAGCUGUUUGAAUACAGGAUGGAACAAAAACCCAUCUAGCCAUUUCUCUCUCCCUGGUGGCUGCUCCUGGGGUCUUUGGGUUCUCAUGGAAAUCUCAGUGCCUUUUUCAACGCAUUUGAAUUCUGAUUUACAUCAAGACCACAGAGGAAAAACACUCACUCAAAGCAAACCUCUGCUCUUCAUGAGUUCAUUCAAAUUGAGGAGGAUGGCAGCGAGAGAGUACUAGUAUGAUGGAUGACUGGAGAGUGGUACCAAGAACACACUGAGCUUUUAUUUUAUAGAAGGCAUAUUUUGUGUUCAAUUCUUUGCGCUUUCCCGACAUCUUGCUUUGCAAGUAUGACAUUGUGUUAGCAAGCUGAUAACAUUGUGCAAAAAACUCAGUUCUCUGAUUGUAAAUAAGGCUUUAAGAUGACCCGAGUUUUUUUUCUAUUAAGCCGCUGUCCUUAAAGAUUCUGGCACUUUAAGAAGUUCAAAUGUGAUUUCCGAUAAAUGCAAUCCCUCUAUUGUUCAUGUUAUAAUGCAGGACAAUUCCACUCAAUGUGAGGGAAGCUCACUGUAGCGGGAGAUCUGUAGCAUGUAUAGUAAUCUUUAUUCUGCCGACCAGUGUGACAGGGUUUAUGUGGUACCUAUUUUAGAAUAAAACAAUAACAUUUUAGGCCAAAUAUUAGACCAAAUCAAGCAUUUUCUUGAAACCAUCUAUGCACAUGUACUGUGCAAGGUUCAUGAUAAUAUAAAACAGAUCUAUAUGGAAAUAUAAGCUUUUGAUUUAUUUCUUAUUACUUCUUUGAGAUAUUCUGUCAAAGAAUUGCUCAUUUUCUCCAUGUGACCUUGAAAAAUGUUGAGAGUCGUAACCAAGUGUGAUAAAAGGUUGAAUUUCUGCAUACGACAUCAAAAUAUUAGUGUGUGGUAUUUAUUCACUGUGUAAUUUAUGUACUCUUACCUGUGUCUCUUUUGUAAUGAAAAAAAACAUUUAUUUAAAUAUAGUUAUAUACACAAUUAUGAGAAUAAAAAUCAUGUGGUUAUUUCU